AUGGAUUUUUCCUUCGUAUUCUUGAUAAAUGCAGUGGUUUUGAUAUUGGAACAACAAGUCCCAGGGUCCCAUGUGAACAGAAGCCCAUUGGUGAACAAUACUCCACAAAUCCAUCAUCGUGAGAGGCGCUGCUCCUGUGAAAACCUGAAGGACAAGGAGUGUGUGUACUUUUGCCACAUAGGAAUUGUUUGGGUCGAUACACCCAGUCAGGUCAUUCCCUAUGGUGUGGGUUCACUUCAAGUGCGUCUAAGGCGAGAUGUGAAACGGUGCCAUUGUGCAGACAAGAGAGAUACAAAGUGUGUGCAGUUUUGCUCUUACUUGUAUCUCCAACAAGAAGAUAAUAAUGUUUCAGUCAAAAGGUACCAACCCAGAAAAUCCAAAGAGCGAUACAAGUUUGGAUUCCCCCUGAGAUUGAGGAGGCACAAUCCAGUUCAAACAACCUGA